AUGUUCGACUUUGAAGACCCGUUGAUGGAUAAAGAGAAAUGCCUUGUAUCAAUCGGAAACUUACCUGUAUUUGUUGAUCCUGCGCAGCCCCCACAGAAGAGGGCUCCUUUCUCUGCCAUACUCGGCCAUGCAUUCAACCAUAAGGUCGAAUUGAUACUUCCGCGAGAGGUUCACGAAUCAACCUGGAGCUCAAUUUUAGGAGCCGUUGAACCGCAUAAAUAUGCGCGGGUUAUCUUCCCUCUAUCAGCUUUGCUAGAAGGGGAAUUUUUCACCAAAUAUAUCAAGAUCGGGAACGUUCUUAUGAUAUCAGAGGGAAGAAGAGGCAUAGAUAAUGUGUACACUCUCAAAGAUGGGGUUCUUACUUUAGAACUCGACAAGGCAACAUAUGAACGUGCGGGCCUUGUGGGGAAAGCCAUUAGGUCUGGCGAUAGAAAACACAUCAAGUCAAGAUAUAUGGUGGAGAUAAACCUCCGGCCAUCAUCCAUGCUACAUGGCAAGAAAGGAUUUGAACGGAUUGUAUGGGCAUUCAAGAAUGUUUUAAAAAACUCUAUAACAUGGCUGUUCGUUGGUUUAUCUGAAUCCUCGAGCCUAACAGAUGAAGCAGACUCUCCUAUCAAGAAAUAUCAACCCCAGAUUAUUACGCCCUCGCCAGUAGAAACCGUGAUGGAAAAAGUUCUCAUCCCACCAUUCAGCUCGGAGACUCUUCUUCCAAUAGAGCAAAGAGUUGCUCUCCGUGAUACUUGUGAUGAACUACAGGAAUGGCUGGCCCUCGUAUCUCUUGACUCAGACCGCAUUCGGGCAGAUGAUUCAAUUGAUCCGUACCUUAGCCGGUAUCAAGUUCCUCAAAGAGACGAGUGUCAGACCCUCGAUCUGGUGAAGAUCACAUGGAGAGGCUUAAUAACUUCUAGCUGGGUUAUGAACCUCCUUUUAUCAGUAUUACGAAAAUGUGGCACAAAGUCUACAGGUGCUGGCCACUGGUUUGGACUCCUUGUCUCAGCAAUGGGAAAGGAUGCAGUGGAUGGGAAAGACGGUUAUUCUGUCAUAGCAUUACCUUUUAAGUCUCCUAAACUGGAAACGGAAAAAGACGGUUCUACAGAGGAGGAGCCAUCUCCUCGACGGCAAUAUGUUUGCUGGGAAUAUUUUGGUGGUAACGUUGCAAGCUCCUGA